AUGCCACAGUUUUAUUAUGCUGUUGCCAGAGGUAGAAAACCAGGAGUUUAUCUUUCUUGGCCUGAAUGUAAUGAGCUAGUUUCUAAAUAUCCUGGAGCUUUAUAUAAAAAAUUCUCCACACAGACAGAAGCCGAAAAUUUCAUAUGUCGAUAUUCUUCAAAUGCUUCAAAAGAUGGGAUUCCAAUUACUGUUGAAUGCGAAAUGAAAAACAACUGUAAAUGUUCAUCUACACUGCAAUCGCAAUUGGAACGAUCAAAAGCUGAGAAUUCUGUUAACAUAAAUUUGGGUUCUAUAAAGAGCGAAUCCUAUACUGAUGUAUAUACAGAUGGGGCAUGCUCGUUAAAUGGUUAUAAAGGUGCUCGUGCAGGAAUUGGUGUUUGGUUUGAUGCUCCUCAUCUUAAACAUUUAAAUCUAGCCAAACCUGUUAUUGGCAGAGCAACCAAUAAUAGGGCAGAGAUUCAAGCAGUGAUGAUGGCAGCUAGACAAGCCAAAAAAGCUGGUAUAAAAAGAUUAAGAAUUUGCACUGAUUCCAAAUUUCUUAUUAAUUGUAUAACCAAAUGGAUGCCCAAGUGGAAAAGAAACGGAUGGUUAACUGCAUCUAAGAAUCCAGUUAUCAACAAAGAAGAACUUUUAGAAAUGGAAAAAGAGCUUGAAUCUUUACAGAUUAUAUGGAAACACGUUAGAGGACAUUCAGGAGUUUUUGGCAACGAGAUGGCGGAUAAAUAUGCGAGAAUAGGGCUUCAAGCUUACUCUUAA